UGUUAUACUAAAAAAAAAAAAACAUGGAAGCACACGUCACAGACCUCGAAAAUUCCAUAAGGACUGGAAACAUGGCACAAGUGUCCUCAGAACCAACACUAAUAGCAGGGCACAUUAAAGGGACACAGACAGCCGUCAUCAAUAUUGUAACCGGACAAAAAAGAGGUAUAGUCAGCCCAGCAUUAAUCUCGGUGAUGGUCUCAGAAGUUCUGGAAUUGGACGAUACCCUGAUAUUCCAUACUAAGAUACCAUUAGUUGAUGAAGAGGAGUACGAUGUAUAUCAUUUGACACCGAUUCCGGUAGUAAUGCAACAUCAGAUAAUCGCAAAGAAGACGGAGACCAAGUAUUUAACGAUUAGUGAUCAUCGAGAUCGACAUUUCGCAUUAACCAUGGAGGUACUGAUGCAGUGCACGAAAAUGUCAAAAGGACCUGUGAUGUGCAAUGUCAAACAAACAACGUUAGGUCCAGCGAAUGAGCAAUUGCAAUGCGCUCUGGCGGCCAUUCAAGCUGAACAAAAGACCAUUUGUAGACCCUAAAGGAUUAACAUAACAUGCAUGUUCCACCAAGAGAACGCCGCGGAACAGAGCAUCGCUUCUCCAAUACCAAUGAGUCGGGUAAAAAAGCUCACAAGCACAUCGCAUUCAACAUCGGAAUCUGUAUCAUCUUCCCAAGAUGACACAUCAGCACGUAAAAUAGGACUGUUGCUACGUUGCAAGGCUAGGACAGCACGCCAAUAAGAGAAAGGACGAGGGACAGGAUGAAGUUGGACGGCGCGAUCAGCUGGAUAUUCUAGGUUACGCCAAACAAAACCAAUCGGACUACGUAUCCACAGUUUGUCUCCUCGACGAAACAUUUUGGGACCAU